AUGGCGGCGCCGUCGCGACUCCUGAUACGCGGGGGGCGCGUGGUCAACGACGACUCCUCGCAGGUGGCCGACGUGCUGGUGGAGGACGGCGUGGUGCGGGCGCUGGGGCGCGACCUGCUGCCGCCCGGGGACGCGCCGGCCGGGCUGCGGGUCCUAGACGCCGCCGGCAAGCUGGUCUUGCCCGGCGGCAUCGACACGCACACGCACAUGCAGUUCCCCUUCAUGGGCUCGCGGUCCGUGGACGACUUCUACCAGGGCACCAAGGCUGCCCUGGCAGGCGGCACCACCAUGAUCAUUGAUUUUGCCAUUCCUCACAAAGGCCACUCCCUCAUCGAGGCCUUCGAGACCUGGCGAAGCUGGGCUGAUCCCAAAGUCUGCUGUGACUACAGCCUUCAUGUGGCGGUGACAUGGUGGAGCGAGCAGGUUAAAGAAGAAAUGAAAAUCCUUACCCAGGAUAAAGGUGUGAACUCCUUCAAGGUGUUUAUGGCCUAUAGAGAUCUGUACAUGCUGAGAGAUGUGGAGCUGUACAAGGUCUUCUCCUGGUGCAAGGAAAUUGGAGCCAUUGCUGAAGUUCAUGCAGAAAAUGGAGACCUAAUUGCAGAGGGAGCAAAGAAGAUGUUGGCUUUGGGGAUAACGGGUCCUGAGGGCCAUGAGCUGGGCCGCCCAGAAGCGGUGGAGGCAGAAGCCACGCUGAGAGCCAUCACCAUAGCCGGCGCCGUGAACUGCCCUCUGUGCGUCGUGCACGUGAUGAGCAAGUCCGCAGCAAGGGUGAUAGCAGAUGCCAGGAGGGAUGGGAAGGUGGUCUAUGGAGAAGCCAUCGCAGCAGGUCUCGGCACAGAUGGCACUCACUACUGGAAUAGAGAAUGGCCCCAUGCAGCCCAUCACGUUAUGGGUCCACCCCUACGACCGGACCCUUCAACGCCUGACUUCCUCAUGAAUCUAUUGGCUAAUGGUGAUCUAACCAUAACAGGGUCUGACCACUGCACUUUCAACACCUGCCAGAAAGCUCUUGGGAAGGACGAUUUUACUAAGAUUCCCAAUGGAGUGAAUGGUGUUGAGGACCGGAUGUUAGUAAUAUGGGAAAAAGGCGUGCACAGUGGCAAAAUGGAUGAAAACUGGUUUGUGGCAGUUACCAGCACAAAUGCAGCUAAAAUCUUUAAUCUGUAUCCAAGAAAAGGAAAAAUAGCUGUGGGCUCAGAUGCUGACAUUGUGAUUUGGGACCCAAAAGCCACAAGGACCAUUUCGGCAAAAACUCAUCAUCAGGCUGUUAACUUCAACAUCUUCGAGGGCAUGGUGUGCCAUGGGGUGCCCCUGGUGACUAUUUCAAGAGGCAAAGUGGUGUAUGAAGCUGGAGUUUUCAAUGUCACAGCAGGAGACGGGAAGUUUAUUCCUCGUAAACCAUUUGCUGAAUAUAUUUACAAACGGAUCAAGCAGCAGGACCAGACUUGCACGCCUACCCCCGUGGAGCGUGAACCCUAUAAGGGAGAAGUCAUCACACUGAAAUCCAGAGGGACAAAAGAAGACGCCACACAUGGGACCAGGAAACAGGCCCACUCCUGAAUCAGGUGCUGUCAGUAAGGGAUAGUGGGCAGAGAAAGUUUCCCU